CUGCGGCGGGAGUAGGGGCUCCCACUCGGACCCAGGACUCUCGUAACCCGACAGCGCCUUGGAGCCUAAACCCAAGCAUCAUCCAGACGGGACGCUCGUCGCUUCUCGCCCGAACCCCAAACACGGAUUGCGAACUCUGUGCGGCGCGGAGCUGGGGGCUGCCUAAUGCUCCCUGGAUCUCGCUGACCCGGAUCUCGGAGCAAGUACCCUGGGAUCAAAGGGCUCCUAUCCCCCUUCAUCCCCCACAGGACCCACCACCCCAGAGGCAGCCUGAUGAGGGAAGAAGGGGAAAGCGGGGCACGUUCAGCCGUUUCUCCUCACCCGUCCUUUCUGUCCUUCGCUCUGCAGAGGGGAGCCAGCGUAUGGGUGAGGGGGUACCCCCUGGGGCUUGAGCUGCCCCGCACAGGAUGCCCCGUGCCCCCCACCCCAUGCCCUUGCUGCUGCUGUUGUGGCUGUCACUCCCCCAUGUCCAGGCUGCCUUUCCCCAGGACCCCAUUCCUCUGGUGACCUCUGACCUGCAAGGUUCUUCUCCAUUAUCCUGGUUCCGGGGCCUGGAGGAGGAUGCUGUGGCUGCAGAACUCGGGCUGGACUUUCAGCGAUUCCUGACCUUGAACCGGACCUUGCUUGUGGCUGCCCGGGAUCACGUUUUCUCCUUCGAUCUUCAAGCCCAAGAAGAAGGGGAGGGGCUGGUGCCCAAUAAGUUUCUGACAUGGAGGAGCCAGGACGUGGAGAACUGUGCUGUUCGGGGAAAGCUCACGGACGAAUGCUACAACUACAUCCGUGUUCUUGUUCCCUGGGACUCGCAGAGGCUCCUUGCCUGUGGAACAAACUCGUUCAGCCCCGUGUGCCGCAGCUAUGGGAUAACUUCGCUGCAACAGGAAGGCGAGGAGCUGAGUGGACAAGCUCGAUGCCCCUUUGAUGCCACCCAGUCAAAUGUGGCCAUCUUUGCAGAGGGCAGUUUGUACUCGGCCACAGCAGCGGAUUUCCAGGCUAGUGAUGCUGUAGUUUACAGAAGCCUUGGAUCACAGCCCCCACUCCGUUCUGCCAAGUAUGACUCCAAGUGGUUGCGAGAGCCACACUUUGUCUAUGCUUUGGAGCACAGAGACCACGUCUACUUCUUCUUCCGAGAGGUUGCUGUAGAGGAUUCCCGGCUGGGGAGGGUGCAGUUUUCUCGGGUAGCCAGGGUGUGUAAACGUGACAUGGGCGGCUCACCUAGGGCCUUGGACCGCCACUGGACUUCCUUCCUUAAGCUGAGGCUCAACUGCUCUGUCCCCGGGGACUCUACCUUCUACUUUGACGUCUUACAGGCCUUAACGGGGCCUGUGAACCUGCAUGGCCGCUCUGCUCUCUUUGGGGUCUUCACUACUCAGACUAACAGCAUUCCUGGGUCUGCAGUCUGCGCCUUCUACCUGGACGACGUUGAGCGUGCCUUUGAGGGCAAGUUUAAGGAGCAGAGGAGUCUGGAUGGGGCCUGGACUCCUGUUUCUGAGGACAGAGUCCCCUCACCCAGGCCAGGGUCCUGUGCAGGUGUGGGUGGAGCUGCCUCGUUCUCCUCCUCUCAAGACCUACCUGAUGCUGUCCUGCUCUUCAUCAAGGCUCACCCACUUCUGGAUCCCGCUGUGCCGCCUGCCACUCACCAGCCUCUCCUCACUCUCACCAGCAGGGCUCUGCUGACCCAGGUAGCUGUGGAUGGCAUGGCUGGGCCGCACAGAAAUACCACAGUCUUGUUUCUUGGGUCCAAUGAUGGGACAGUGCUGAAGGUGUUACCUCCAGGGGGACAGUCUCUGCGACCUGAGCCUGUCAUACUGGAAGAGAUUGAUGCCUACAGCCCUGCCCGGUGCAGUGGGAAGCGCUCGGCCCAAGCUUCACGGCGGAUCAUAGGGCUGGAGCUGGACACCGAGGGUCACAGGCUCUUUGUGGCCUUUCCUGGAUGCAUCGUCUACCUCCCUCUCAGCCGCUGUGCCAGGCAUGGGGCAUGUCAGAGGAGCUGUCUGGCUUCUCAGGACCCAUACUGUGGGUGGCAUCGACUGAAAGGCUGUGUGAGCAUCAGGGGACCUGGUGGGACUGAUGUGGAUAUGACUGGGAACCAGGAAUCCAUGGAGCACGGUGACUGCCAAGAUGGAGCUACUGGGAGUCAGUCUGGCCCUGGGGAUUCUGCUUAUGUGCAUCUGGGUCCUGGCCCUUCCCUUGAGACCCCCAGUCCCCCCAGUGAUGCCCACCCAGGGCCCCAGUCUUCCACUCUUGGAGCUCACACGCAGGGCGUGCGCAGGGACCUUCCCCCAGCUUCAGCCUCCCGCUCCAUCCCCAUACCACUCCUCCUGGCCUGCGUGGCGGCGGCCUUCGCCCUGGGCGCCUCAGUCUCCGGCUUCUUGGUGUCCUGUGCUUGUCGCCGAGCGCGUCGCCGUCGGAGCAAGGACAUCGAGAGCCCGGGGCUGCCGCGCCCUCUCUCCCUCCGCAGUCUGGCCCGGCUGCACGGUGGCGGUCCUGAGCCCCCGCCUCCGCCCAAGGAUGGAGAUGCUGCGCAAACGGCCCAGCUCUACACCACCUUCCUGCCUCCGCCCGAUGGCGGACCCCCACCGGACCUCGCCUGCCUGCCCACCCCCGAGUCCACGCCCGAACUGCCGGUGAAGCACCUCCGUGCCUCCGGGGGGCCCUGGGAGUGGAACCAGAACGGGAACAACGCGUCGGAGGGCCCCGGCCGCCCGGCGGGCUGCAGUGCGGCGGGCGGGCCCGCGCCGCGGGUGCUGGUGCGGCCGCCCCCGCCGGGCUGCCCGGGGCAGGCGGUGGAGGUGACCACGCUGGAGGAACUGCUGCGCUACCUGCACGGCCCGCAGCCGCCCAGGAAGGGCGCCGAACAGCUCGCUCCGGCCGCGUUCAGCUCGCGGCCGCCCGCCCCGGCCCCCAGCCCGCUGCCGCGGGACUGCGUGCCGCCGCUCAGGCUCGACGUGCCCCCCGAGGGCAAGCGCGCGGCUCCCGGCGGGCGGCCCGCCCUCUCGGCCCCCGCGCCGCGCCUGGGCGUCGGCCGCAGGUUGCCCUUCCCCACGCACCGCGCGCCCCCGGCGCUGCUCACGCGCGUGCCCUCGGGGGGCCCGGCUAGGUACUCCGGGGGGCCCGGGAGGCACCUCCUGUACCUGGGCCGGCCCGACGGCUACCGCGGCCGCUCCCUGAAGAGGGCGGACGUGAAGUCCCCGCUGACCCCCAAGCCGCCCCUCGCCGCCUCGACGCCGCCCGCGCCGCACGGCGGCCAUUUUAACUUCUGACAGAAGCUGCUAGCGCCGGUGCGGGCGCCGGAGGCCCAGGCCCGCGAUGGCCGCCGGCCUUUCCGGACUCCGAGAGUCUCCCGGGGCCCGCUCUCGCCUCGGUUUAUUUAUUGACUGUCGUUCCCCUGUCCCGGCGAGGCCAGCGAGAGGCGCGGAGCUCGCCGCGACCCGGCCGCCCCCCACUCCCCGCUCCCUCCCUUCCAGCCAUGCUGCCUUAACUCGCCGCCCCGGGCUCCCGCGGACGGGGCCCCGGGCGGGCCGGCGGGGCUGAAGCCGCGCCUGUGUACAGGGUCCUCGGGCCUCCUGGGCCGGGACGUGCCGCCUCCUACUGUGUAGGAGCCCCGGCUUCCCAAUACAGCCAUGUCCGCCCCCCCAGCCGCUGCCUGACUUUUCUCACGGAGCGGGAGGGACAGGAGGGCGGGCCGCCUGGCCCUCUGGGUGCCUGUGCCCCUGAAUGUCUGCCUCCGCUUCACCUCGGCCCCCAGGUCUCUCCGGAGUAAUUGGCUUGGCGGCUCUCCCAUCGGGGUUAAUCAGGAAAGGUUUCCUGAAGGAGGCAAGAGAAGACAUGGUGUGUGGGGAUGAGGCAGGGCCCAGGAGAGCCGGGGUACCGUUGGGGUGCGGCGGAAGGCGCUCAGCUCAGCAGGUUUCUGAAUAGAGGGCAGGCACCUUUUCACGGCCUACACUAUGGGGUGGGAGAGGGAACUUUUGGAGAAAUAAAACGAAGCUGCUGCGUGAUUUGGAUUUCA